GAGGACCUCGACGUGCCCAGCUGACGGGCGAGCGACUCCGAGGAUCCAUUUCGUUUCGUUGCUCCAGCGUCCCGCUACUUGGCAUGUAGUUGCUAUCAUCCCGCCCAGGGUGGCGCUCUCACCUCUCAACUCUUGUUCACCAACAUGCCGCCCAGAAAGAGGAUGUCCGUCUCGAGCACAAGCAGCCGCAGUGAAUCCCCGCUCGUGUUUGCCACUGCACCGAAUGCGGACGCGGAGGAAUGGGUCAAGGCGUGGGCGCAGGUGCCUGCCAGAGAACUCAUCGACUGCCCGGUCAUUGCUAUCGACGCAGACACUAGCGUAGAGGAUGCCUGCGACAUGCUCCUCUCUAAGGACAUUGCCUGCCUCGCUGUGCAGGCCCGUCCAGGCAGUUCGCCUUCCGGUGCCCCGUACCACGGGUUGUUCGACUUCUCCGACGUAAACGCGUUCUUGACGCUCGCGGCGACACAGCACAAGCUCGCCUCUGAGAACUUGAAGGGAAGGCCUCGCAUCCAAGAGAUCCUAGCCGCUGCGAAGGCCGGCAGGGUGCCGGUCCAUCUCGUGAGCAAUCUUUCCGAGAAGAAUCCGCUCGAGAUGCUCCCGUACGAUGCAACGAUCGUGUCUCUGCUGGGUGUCUUCUCCCGUGGUACGCACAGAGUGCUCAUCCAGUCCGACACAAGCUCCACCUUCGCCGGCAUGGUUUCCGACAGACAAUUGCCUUCAUGGUUCACCUCGUUCAGCCAGUCUUCGUCAACCUUCCUCCGUUACCUCAGCAAUCCCCUAAGCUCGCUUUCAUUGCCGUCGAUGUACCUGUACUUCAGUGUCAUCGCUGCGAAAGCGAGCGAGAGCGUGCUCGACGCGAUGAAGCUCAUGAGCGAGGAAGGCGUGAGCACGAUCGCGAUUGUAGAAGAGGAUGGUAGACUGCUCAGCGCUGUGAGCGUAAGCGACAUUGGGAAGAUUGUGGUACCUCAGCAGGACAAUCAGAUCCUGACCAUGCCGUUGCACCAAUUUGUCACUAUGAUCAAGGAACCCGACGGCUCAACAGAUGGUGUCGACAAGUUUCCCGUGUAUAGCGUCUCCCCUAGCAGCACGCUGUACUACACCAUGCAGAAGUUGCUUGCAACCUCCUCGCAUCGACUCUUCGUGACUGACGAUGCAGCCCUCUCAUCAUCGACCUUUCCCCCUACGAGUGCCGGCAACCUCACAGGCAUAGUAUCCACCGUCGACGUCCUCUCCCUCUUCGCGCGCAUCGCGAACCUGCCCGACAUCGACCCUACGCGGAUGCAGCGGCACCGACGCGCCUCCUCCGCCUCUAGCAACUCCAACUCGUCUGGCUCGCGGUCGAGCGGCCGGAGCAGCUUCAGCUUUGGUACGGGCAGCGCGCGGUCGCGAUCAAGCAGCAGGACGAGUCUCGGCCGGCUGUCGUUCUCGGGGGGCACGGGCAUACCCAGCACGGACGGGAAGACGUUCCAGUGGGCGGAAAGGGUGUCGCCCGGAAAGUCGCAGUGAUCUGAAGGACAAGCCGACGUCGCCUGGGGUCACAUUGAUGUUCCCCUGCGUGCGCGGAAAAUGUGCGUUGAGCAUGUCCAUGCCUGGCAGCCUCGACGGCGGGCUUAGGAACAGGGGAUACAGGUCCCCCUAUAAAGCUAGAAUUGUGUGGACGUUGUAUUCGGACUUUUUCUAGUGUUUCUUGGAAGAACUUAUGGCUGGAUAGGAUCACUUGCUCGCCAGAGCAAGGCUUUCCCAGGUCGAAGCCUCGCCGGUGGAUGUUUGGCUUCCGACAAGGUUCACUAGUUCAGGACUUCAUGAUGUUCUGAGGCUUCACGGGCACCAUACACAAGGGUUCGUCCGCAGUGGAGAGUGUUGAGCUUGUCAUAUGUACCUCUCGACUGUGUCAUUGCCCUGCUGGUGCAACAUGCAUCCUGGGUGUGAGACAAAAAGUAAAACAAAU